AUGCCGGAGGAAGUUGGAGAUGAUACGGGACUGGGACUGGGACUGCGGGACGUGGGAGCCGACGCAAGAGCCGAAAGACGAGCCACAAUAGAGCAUGACGGUACUCUGGUAGUCGAGACAAAGCAGCUUUCAUCGCAAUCGCAACAAUGUCCAACACCACCGCCCACAACCGACCCAACCGACCCAACCGACCCAUUCCCAGCCUUCGAGAUCACUUCAGCCACCCCGACCACAUCACAUUUCGCGCAAGACCCCGACCAACUGGCGAGCGACGACGCUGAGCUAACCACGGCAAACGGGGCAAACGGCCGCUUGUCUUCAUCCGAUGACAUUUCGAGCAACGGCGGUGAACCCUCCCCCUCACCGUCGCCCGACUCUGAGUCCCCAACAGCCGCGAGUGCUGCGCCCCAUCGACCCGUCGAUGUCACGCCCAAACCAAGUACACCGUCUACGGCAAAGAGGCUCGAGACCGUUCGCAAGCUCUCGGCCUCGCAAAUGCAGGCUUUGACCUCCUCGCCCGAGUCGCUACCCAUCGCUAUCGUCCCUCCGCAGCGCAAGCCGAACGGUGCCGAGUACCCCAUGUCUGCUGGCGCCGUCGAAGCAGUUUCUCGCCCUACUAUGGCCGAGCAGUUGCAGGAUGGCACUCGCUCCGCCAUCGCCGACAAGGAGACGCCCAUGCGAGCCGAAGCUGCACUCAAGUCGAGCAAGAACCCGCCCCGUACCGCUGCCGACUUCAAGCGGCCUCCACCGUCAUCGCGAACCCUCUCGACUCCUCCAACCAGCCGCCGACCUCCCUCAGGUCCGCCCGUGACGGCGCCGUAUCCCAGCCGCCGAAAUUCCUUCAACCCCUUGGCACGUCCGACUCCGCUCAACAUCAAUGGGGCACACAGUGUUUCCCCCGCGUCCAUGAAGCCUUCGAUGCCCCCGAAACAAGAACGAUCCGACCCGUCGCCUCCAUCUCCUAUGCUACCUGUAAUACCCCUACCGCCCAUGUCACUUCCCACCCACCUGCAGCUGGAGUUGGCUGGCCAGAGACCAAGCCCUCUGUACAUUCAUCAUCCUCAAGCUGCCGAUAUACCUUACGAAUCCAGCGCCGUCAAGUUCGAACGGCUCUUAAACGCUCUGCUUUUGCCGCCAUAUCUGGAGCAGAUUCUUCAUUUCGGCACAUUGGCGUGUUUGGACGCCUGGCUCUACACAUUCACCAUACUACCAAUGCGUUUCCUCAUUGCGCUUGGCGUCCUUGUAAAGUGGUGGGCGUAUCUUGUGUGGAAAGAAGUCCGGUGGAUGGUUGGCUUCGUCUGGCAAGGCACAUGGCGUUUGUGGGGGAGAGCAAGGGGAGGCCGGACAGCGUCACUGAACAGAGCCGACGGCAGUGAAAUAGCCAGCGAGCCCGAGAGAAGCCGGAGCCGGGUUGAAGAGAAUGGCUUUAGCGUCCAGCAGAACGGCUCAACGAGGUCCCGCAACGUCUCUGACGCCGUUGGCUCCCCGUUCCUGGAAAAGCCACGGUUGAAUGGCAAUGGAGUUCUCCACCCGCCAAAGCACUCCAUGUCUAGGCCAGGCAAUUUUCGACAUCGUAGGACGAAGUCGGUGCCUUCUAAUUUGACGUCUUAUCACAAGGCCGAUCUCCUGCAGGGCGCCGUUCUCAUUUUCAGCUCUAUGGCAUUGAUGAAUCUCGAUGCUAGCAAGAUGUAUCACUUCAUCCGGGCGCAGUCCUCGAUGAAGCUCUACGUCAUCUAUAAUAUCCUCGAGGUUGGUGACCGGCUUCUUUCCGCCAUAGGACAAGACAUCCUGGAAUGCCUCUUCAGUUCCGAGACUCUCUCAAGAAACAGCUCAGGGAGGUCCAAACUUCUCCUGCCCUUUGGCAUGUUCGUGCUCGCAUUGAUAUACAAUGUGACCCAUACCUGGUGUCUAUUCUACCAAGUAAUCACACUGAACGUGGCGGUCAACUCGUACUCCAACUCUCUUCUAACCCUCCUGAUAUCGAACCAGUUCGUCGAGAUCAAAGGGAGCGUCUUCAAGAAAAUCGAGAAGGAGAACCUAUUCCAACUCACCUGUUCAGACGUGGUCGAACGCUUCCAGCUCUGGAUCAUCUUGCUGAUUAUUGGGAUGCGCAAUGUGGUCGAGGUCGGCGGUCUCUCAGUUCCAGGGGCAGGAGGCGAGUUGAACGGCGAUACUUCAAAGACUGGUCCGCUACACACCAACUCAAUCCUCCCGGCCAGUUUUACCGUAUUACCAGCAUGGCUUAAGUCGGGCGAGGUGCUCUCACCAUUUCUCGUCGUCAUUGGCAUCGAGAUGCUGGUCGACUGGAUCAAGCAUGCGUAUAUCAACAAGUUCAAUAAUGUCAAGCCCACCAUCUACAGUAGGAUGCUGGACAUUCUAUGCAAAGACUACUAUACCAAUGCGUUUUCUGCACCGUCCUUGACUCGGCGGCUUGGCCUUCCGUUGCUGCCUCUGUCUAGCCUGUUCAUCCGUGCGUCGAUACAGGUGUACCACAUGUUUCUCGCCACCCAUGUUCAUCCCCCCAUUCCUACCUCGACCACCGAACUUGCUGUCGAGUCUUCUACACCGUCGUCACCUGCCAUGGUGGCCGCCCUUGAGCAUCUUGAUACUCUCAUACGUAACGCCCUUGGUCGUGCAGUCUAUGGAUACCCGCAAGGGUCGUCGCAUGCCAGGCCUUUCUGGGCCUUUUCUUCCGAUGACGCGAUUGCACUCCUUACCAUGGUUGUAUUUUUCUUCCUAGCAUGGGUCGUUCUGCUUAUUGUGAAGCUCCUCCUUGGCAUGCUACUAUUGCGUUAUUCUCAGAGGCGCUACGCAGUGAUGAAGUUCAAGGAGCAUGCUGUGGCAACGGGCAAGGCCGAGCGAGAUAACUUCUCUCAGGCAGGGCAGCGCAUUGGUCCGUGGGGCGCCACGGAGAUCGGUGAUGAUCGACGAAGGUGGGUGUACGAGGACGACCCAGAGGGGCUGAAGAGGAUGCGUGAGCGUGAGAGGAAGACGCAGGAAAAACUCAGGGAUCCAGGGGAUGAUGGACUGGCCAAGGUCAAGAUGGAUAACAACACCACAACCAGCCGCAAGGCCCCACCCAAGGCCGGAGACAACAGCAAGAAAGCACAGGGUGGGGGCAAUGCAGAGGCGCCCCGACGACGAGUCCACUUCGAGAUCCCGGACGUGGGUAAGGCCACCUACACUGAAUGGCCUAUUGUACGUAACAGGCUGGAGAGGGAGGCCGGCAAGCUGGAUGCGAAAUACAAGGCUUGGCAGGGGAAGAAAUAG